GCAAUCGGCGCAUGCGUCGACAGAAUAUGGAGUCUGCCCUGCAGCUCUAAAAAUCUUUAAACUCUUACUUUUGACAACCAUUAUGGAUUAACACUGAUUUUUACAGUCGAUUGUUCAACGUAAGGGCUUGUAAACAAAAACAGCGUAAACAUGGAACGAGAUCAACUCAGUAAAGAAGAAACCCUCGCAAUGAGGAGGAGACUUAUCGGGUAUGGAAAUCUGGUUUUGGUAUUGUGUCAUUAAUCUGUGCUCACUGAGCAUUCCCUGGUGGACGUAUACGGAAGUCACUGAUCCAUUACUUUAUUUCUGUAACAGACAAUCGUGCAGACUUUUUUACUCUGAUGACCCGGUGAAAAUAGUGAGAGCAAGAGGACAAUAUCUGUACGAUGAAACGGGCAAGCGCUAUCUGGACUGCAUCAGCAACGUCCACCAUGGUAAAAAAUAGAUCAGUCAGUGUCGUGUCCCCAGUUAGUACUCUGAAAUACACUGUAUACUACGCCAGUGCCUCCAUGUGGUAGAAGUUUUACAUGUCGAUAACUCACAGCAACCUUUUUUUUUUUUUGCAGUGGGCCACUGUCACCCAGAUAUAACAAAGGCAACAGCGGCUCAGAUGGACCUCUUGAACACAAAUUCACGAUUCCUACACGACAACAUAGUCCUGUAUGCAGAUCGCCUGGCUGCCACCUUGCCCCAGAGACUGUGUGUCUUCUACUUUGUAAACUCAGGGUAAUUACUGUUCAGUACACUCAGCACAGAGGUGUGCUGCCAGGAAUUUUGAGCCCCAUGGAAAAAGAAAUUAAAUUAGGCCUUACCACUGCACUACCAUGAAUCCUCAAAUCUUUUAAGGCCUAACCCCUGGCAGUCAUUCACACUCAAAAUGAACUUUCCCCAGCCCCUUUAAGGUUGCCCUGACAGAGUGCCAUUUGUGUAGUAUUACAUCUAUUCUCCUGACAGAUCAGAGGCCAACGAUCUUGCCCUGCGCCUGGCACAGCAGUACACCCAGCAUGAGGAUGUCAUUGUGCUUGACCAGUAAGUUAGAAUUUUGGCUUGUAGCAACACAUUAAUACUCAGACAAAACACUUGCCAGUUAAUUUAGACCAUCUCUGCUUUUAUUCUAGUGCAUACCAUGGGCAUCUCGUGUCUCUCAUCGACAUUAGUCCCUACAAGUUCAGGAAACUGGCAGGACAGAAGGAGUGGGUUCAUGUGGUUUGUAAAUUCAUGACACUUGCAAAAAAAACCCUGACCAACAGUGGACCCCUGUAGAUUUGAAAUAAUGUGUUUGUCUUCAUAGGCGCCCUUACCAGACACCUACAGAGGUAUAUACCGAGAGGAUCAUCCUAACCCUGGACAAGCUUAUGCUGAUACAGUCAAAGACCUCAUUGAUGAUGUGCACAAGAAAGGCCGUAAGGUAGACUUCACAGAUCUAUACGCACAACAUGCACCACUUGACUGCUGUAGUAAACGUAAGCCAUGCAUAAAAUACAGUACUUUGGACUAUUUACAACAUGUUUUCCCAUAGAUCUCUGCCUUCUUUGCUGAAUCUUUGCCAAGUGUGGGAGGACAAAUCAUCCUGCCUAAAGAAUACUCAGCUAAAGUUGCAGAGUGAGUGGUGAUUCAUUUUUCAGGGUUCUUUUACAGACAACCAUAAUUACAACAGUCAUGACAUGGUGCUUCUCCCUCAAACUCCAUAGAUAUGUGCGCUCAGCUGGUGGAGUGUUUGUGGCUGAUGAGGUGCAGACGGGCUUUGGACGUGUGGGGAGUCACUUCUGGGCUUUCCAGCUACAGGGUGAGGAUUUCUGUCCUGAUAUAGUAACCAUGGGCAAACCAAUGGGCAACGGGCACCCCCUGGCAUGUGUUGUGACCACCGCUGAAAUAGCUGGAGCUUUCACAGACAAUGGAGUGGAGUACUUCAACACGGUGACUAUAUGGAUACAUAUGCAUCCUGAUUUAAUACAAUAAGAUGACCCUUUGAGUCGGCAGCUGUAGUAUUUUCCCAUCUAAUGCUUUUUAGUAUUGAAUUUGAUAGACAUUUGUGAGACAUGAAUCCCUAUCACUGUGAGCGACAACUUAAUACUUGUCAUUUACAUCAAGAUAUGGUACUUUUCUGGUGUUGCCUAAUCUCUGCAACAGCAUAAAAAACAUAAUGAAAUGUCUAAAUUUGAGGAUAUAGUGUGGCAAUUAUAAUAGAAAAAAGGGAAAUAUGCACUCCGAGGAAGAGAAAUUACGUGUUGUUUUUAGUAAUGGAGUCAUUUGGCUGAAGAUUCUUGAUUUCUCUCCAACCUCAUGCAGUUUGGUGGAAACCCUGUGUCUUGUGCAAUUGGUAUGGCAGUCCUGGAUGUGGUUGAGAAAGAAGAACUAAGAGAAAAUGCCACAAGGGUGGGAGCACAUCUUAAGAACUUGCUCACACAACUCCACUCACGACAUCGGAUAAUAGGGGAUGUCAGGUAAUGUAGUGAAUUUUAACACCAACCCCCUAAAAGACAUCCUAGUCUUUCAAUUUCCUUAAAGGAACCUUUCAAAAAGGAUAACUAAAAGUUCUAAUUAAUCUGAUCUACAAGAAUCAGUUUAAAAAAUUGAAGUCAAAUAAUAUACUUUGGUUAAAAAGGAGGAACAUUCUGUCAUGGAGUUGUUGUCCCAUAUUGUUCCAUUUUACUGUCAACACUUUUUAAAUUCUUAUGCCCACAGCACACCUUCCCGGCUGUUACUUUUGUAAAAAGCGACUGCCCCUAAUGAUCUCACUUGUCGGUAAAAAUUUGACAUGUUGCACUGAACAGCUAGGGGACCAUGCACAAACUUCAUUGAAACACGUGUUUGGUAGGUGUGCAAUGUAAAUUACCAGAGUUUUAAUGUAAAUAUCACACCAAUACUGUGAAUAAGUUAAAUUAGGCUUGUGAAGGUUUGAGCACUGCAGCAGUCGUGUCUGUGACUGUUAGAGAAGAGAUUAACGCAGACACUGAUGUAAAUUAUGUGUCAAUGUGAAUGCACUGUGGGCCUGCAUCCAAACUAACCCACUGCUUGUAUUGUUGGUCUAUUCUAUUUGAAGAAUAUCAGUUGAGUCAAAGUGCAUGUGUUUGCUGUAAUACUGGCUCAGAGAAACAGCCACUGAUGUAGCCAUUUUUAUCACUUGCAGCUGUGCUGUUAAACUGUAAUGUCCUCUGGUGACAAAAGGCACCAUGCAGAUUGUCAGAAUAAUCUUGGGUUAAAAUUUUCCCCAAUAACAUGAGUUAUGCAGUUAUUUUGCUCCUGUAGUGAGUUUAAAUAUUUUCAUUGUAUUUAUUUAAACAAAGUUGUAAUCGCUUAAGACAGACAGUCAGUUGAUUUUGUUUAGGUCACAUUUUUCUGUACCUCUUUAGUUUGAGUGUGAAUUAAACUGAAACUGUCUUUUUUUUUGGCGGGGGGCUUCUUUUCACUUAUUACAGGGGUGUGGGACUCUUCGUGGGUAUUGAGCUGGUCACAGAUAGGGAGAAGAGGACCCCUGCUACUAUAACAGCGGCACACGUGGUGAAGAGGUUCUUACAGUUUUUAUGAGCAGCUGUUCUUCUGUUUGUUCCUGGUAGAAAUGCAGUUGAGUGCGCAGCGCACUGCUUCUGCAGUUUGAUAGGUGAUUCAACUCUCGUCUUCUCUUACUAGAUUAAAAGAAGAGGAUCAAAUCUGCGUCAGCACUGACGGCCCUUGGGAAAGUGUCUUGAAGUUUAAACCCCCUAUGUGCUUCAGUAUGAAGGAUGCAGAACUGGUGGUGCAAUGUAUUGAUCGCAUUCUUUCAGGUAGGAAAACAGACACAAACUUUAGUCUUAGACCUGUUGCAGUAGGUAUGAGAUACCCUUGAGAAAACACUAUUGUAUGAACACACUUCAGGAUAACGUCUGAAUUGUUCUUGUUCUCACAGACAUGGAAACUAGUGACCUCAAACUGGAAAAUGAAGACGUCUAAGGUUUGUUAAACCUGUAGAAAAUCUUUUAAUUGCAUCAGACAUUGUCAGAUGGUCACAUUCAUAAAGUUCAGAGGUAGAGGUAUGAAUGUUUAUACUCGAGGUUCCAGUUGAUAAUACAGGUUAAUUCAUUUCACCUAGUAGAACAUGUUGCUACCCCUCACUUGACUCCUCACAGUGGACACUGUGUUGUCACCUCAAUGUAGGAGUUAUCAGAUGCGACAGAGGACUUUAAAUGACAGUCAUGUCAAAAUGUUUACGCUGUUCAUCAAUAUAGGACUAUCUGAUUUUUUUUUUAAUCACCCCAGGUGUUAGGAGCCAUAUGAGAUGUCACUUCAGUUGGCUUGAGUCAGUCGGCUGUCACCUUUCUAGUGAUACAAGCUACUGUGCAUCAACACUACCUGGGAAGUGAUCGGUAUUCAAUAUGGAGCUCAGUGACACUAAUAUUUUUGUACUCAAAAGGAAUAAACAGAUAAAACAAUAAAAAACUCCUGACUCUUGUAAUAUUUUCCCACAGUUCCAAAGUUAAGUAUGGGUUCCCAAUUUACAACACUAAUUAGCAACAUGUUCUCAAUACACACAUGGUUUUGAUAAGCACUUACCAGACCACUAACUCCUGGACACAUUCACAAACAUGAUAUUGCAGUUUCACAUCUUACUGGGGCGAUUUAAUUCAGCCAGUUUUGCUGUUGAUAGUGAAGCCCUCUCCCACAGCUUCUUAAAGAGGCAUCUGGUGAAAUGUUAACAUUACUUGUGACAAAACAAGCAAGCCAUUUAACAGUACAAAACAUUUAACAUUAACUUUACAAAUAAUAACAAAAAGAUCAGGGUGU